AUGUACGAGCGGCAACGAGUGUGGCGGGCAUGUCAGGCAUGUCGUCGCCGGAAGAUCAAAUGCGACGGAGAGCACCCGUGUCAGAGUUGCAGCCGCAACAAAGCAGAAUGCGUCUAUGUCGAACCGCAUGGUAAUGGAAGAAUGGUAGAUCCCCAAUACGUAUUGAAACUCGAGAACCGCAUCUCGCUCAUGGAAAAGCGAUUGAAACAACAGGCGCUUGAUCUCAACAACAGAGAAAAUGGCGUCGCACCUACACAGCCGGAAAUAAAUUGCAUCGUAGAAAGCAGCCACGAUCAAAAUGACCCGAAUGGCCAGAAUGGCCAGAAUGCUCCUCGUUACACUCACAGGCAUGAGUCGGCUGCCGCUCCCGACGAGAGUGCUCCACCCGAUCCGACCACUAGAUCCAUGCCAGCACCAGGACCUUUCAGUGAUGCAGCAGUCCAGACGCCAGAGCUGCCAUCACUGCCAGCAGCACCUUAUUCUCCCCCAGUCGGUGAAAGCCCUUUGCCGCUACUGGAUCCGUUGAGUUUAAACAAUCAAAAUACCGAGCCCAAUAGAGCUGACACUAUCGACGUGACACAAAUGUCGGAAUCUUUGAUGGAAGUUCUCAUCGACCAUUUCUACCAUUCUAUCUAUCCGAUAUUUCCGGUUGUCAGUUGUCAUAACUUUCGACGGCAGUAUGACCGAUGGUUGUCGACUCGCCAAGGUGGUGAACUCAACUACGCCGACCAUGAUAACAGUGAAUUCCCGUUGCUUCUGUAUGCGCUUCUCGCCGUGGCAGCAUCGGUGAUUCCAGAAGACCAUGUGGCAUUCGAGCGAUCAGACCUGCGAGUUUAUCGACGAGUCGACCUAGGAGACUUGCUCUACCGCCAUGCUAUAUCGAUCAGCGCAUACAAACCGUAUCAAUGUAACAAAAAUGCUGCGAUCAACGCGGUUGCCUCUCAAGGCUUGUUGAGCCUGUAUCUCAUCGAGGUUGGGAAGGUAAAUGAUGCCUGGGUGACUGCUGGCCACGCAAUUCGCUUAUAUCAAGGCUUGGAUGUCGAAGAUGAAGCCAGCACACUCCAUCAGAUUGGCGAUAUUGGAAAUUCACAUAGCAACCUCUGGUGGUGCUUAUAUAUCCUGGAUCGCUCCUUAUCAACAGCCCUUCUCAAGCCUCUGGCAAUCGAUGAUGCCGAAAGUGAUAUCGAAUCCUGCGAUGACGAAGAUCACUUGCAGCCUAUUCUAGAAACUCGAACAGAUCCAUGGUUUUCGGUAAUUGCAGACUUCCAUAUAACAAUGGGCCGCAUAUAUAGGUCGGUGCGAUGGAUUCGCAAAUUUCAACCCUCCCAGAAAACCAAGUCGAAAGAUACCCUCCGCUCAUAUGUCAAACGACAUGAUGCAGAGCUGGAAAAGUACUAUACGAAACAAGUCCUGCCUAGGAUUGCAGCUUCCCACCAACAAGUGGGACCCGUCGCAUUACAGACAGUCGCAAUUUCCUCCUACUAUAUUGGUGUUGUGCUACUCUACCGAACCUUCAUUGAGAGGUUCAAUAUUGCAGAACCGGAAGCCUUCCUCCGAUGCGCUGAAGCCGCAUCAAAAUGUAUUAAACUCACGCCGCAAGUCAUUGCCACCGUGCCUGCCAGUCAUUUUGUCAUUCAGCAAAGCCGUGCAAUAUAUGCGAGCGCGAAGGUCCUUUUACAUUGUAUGCGAUUGGCACGGAACUCAAGUUUUACUAAUCGGGCCUGGCCUGACGUGGAAGAUGGCCUCAAUAUGCUGCGAGAGAUCAAGAUCCAAUGGCCCGAGAUCAAGAAAUACCAGCUACUCACGGAAGAGGACAUGUAUAUGACGCAAAAUGAUCUGAAUAAGCAUGACAUGUUCUAUAGAACAUUCAAUCGCUAUGGUCAAACAGGCUGCGUGCUGGUACGACCUGAAGACCGUGAGAUUAUUCAUCAGGAUCGCACAGGUCAAAGACGAGAUCAAGGGGGCUUCCUAGAGUCAAUGGAACACACCAACACACAGCAUAAGACUGAUAUAUUGGAUAAUCGGAGAUUGUGUAUGGCACAUCCAGAACAACCUUCGAAAUCACGCAAGCAAGGCAGAGAUCAUGAGUCUCUCGAAGGUAGUUCUAAACGACGAAAGUUGAUACCAACCCCUUCACAGGCUCCUACAAGUUCCGAGAUUCCACUCGCAUUGGACAUGUUGCCAAUAUUACCAGAUGGGAGCGAUUUUCCGAUGCUGGAUCAUUUGAUCACCACUGGAGAUAUCCUUCCAGAUAUCUCACCUCGACAGUCCGUGUCAGAGGACUUUUCUUCGAACUUCUUUAGCGAUUGGAGGUGCGAUGUUAAUGAUUUCUAUUAA